AUGGCUCCACAACCUAUUCCAUUCCCGGGCUUCACCCCGAUAUCUGAUCGAGUAUACCUUCGCAAUGGCCACGAAAAGGCCAAACCAUCCCCAGCCGACGAGCCAACAACAAUCAUUAUUUCCGGCUGGGGCGAUGGCAUGCCGAAACACGUAACCAAAUAUUCCGACGGCUACAAUGAACUGUACCCAUCCGCACGGAUCAUCGUGAUCCUAUCGCGCACCUUCCAGGCCACCCACCAAGCCGAGGAAGCCAGAAUCACAGACAUGAUGCCGGUCGUUGAUACCGUCUUCCCGACGCCAACCGGCAGCGGCAACGAAAAGGAGCGUCUUCUUGUGCAUGCCAUGUCAAACACCGGCGCCAUCUUCGCUGCCUCCGUCGUUGUCGCGUACCAGCGACGCCAUGGCGCAGACAAGCCAUUCCCCCACCAGCUCAUGGUGUUGGAUUCCACGCCUGGAAGUCUGGUCUUCACUUCCCAGGUUACCCGGUGGUCGCGUGCUAUGGCGGUCGGCACUGCCAAAUUCUUCCCUUGGCCCUUCGUUAUCACACAGGGUAUGUGGUAUCUGUUCCUCUGGGGCAGUUACUUGUGGCAACUCAUCAGCGGCUCCGAGGCUUCCGGGGUGUGGGCGGACAGGAUUAUGAAUGAUAAGUCGUGUAUCACGACCGAUUCUAGCAGAGUUUACCUGUACUCCAAGGAAGAUGAGAUUAUUGGGUACAAGGACCUGGAGGAGAAUGUUGCUCAUGCUAAGACUUUGGGCUACUCGGUUGAUCUUGAGAUGUUUGAAGGCUCGCCGCAUGUGGGACAUAUGAGGCUUCAUCCUGAACAAUAUUGGGGUAAAGUUGCUAGCUCUUGGAAGCAGGCCAUCGCGGAAAAAUAA